UGCCCUCCCUCUCUCGAAAAAAAAAUUUCUGGGUUCCUCGAAGGAAAAAGCUGAGCACUUUACGUUGAUUCGAAUGAUUCCUCGGUCUUUUUCUUCAUAAUCAUCGGCUAAUCUUUUAAUGUUUAGGCGGAAGAAGUGAAAACCCAUUUGAAUUACGAAUCUUUCCUGCGUAAAUCUUAUCUUUUUUCUUCCAGAAAUCCUAAAAAGUUUCCAUUUUUAGUAAGAACAAGUUCUUGUUUUGAGUUUGGCAGACAGCGCAAGUGAAAGAUGAGUUUCUUGGUUUUGGGCCAUCACUGUUUGUGGUCAUAGUAGUCAUCUUUGCAUAUUGCUGAAAACUUUUCGGUUGCAUUCCUUCUGAAUUGAAUGAUUUAUAUUCCUAGGGUCGCUAGAAUUUCAUGGCGGAUUCUCCUUCUUCUUCUUCUUCUUCUUCUUCUUCUUCUUCUUCUUCUUCUUCUGUGUGUUAUAUCUGAAUCUACUUCGAGAUGUUUUCUGGGUUUAGAUUACCGAUUUUUCAAGUUUCCAAACUAUUGCGGAAUUUAUUUGGCACGAAUUUUGCUUUUGUCGAUUCAAUAUGGGCGAACUGGACGGAAUCGUGGUUACAACGUAUGCAGGGAAUCUUUUUUUUUUUGUUAAAUAUGCAGGGAAUCUUAUAAAUGCAUAGCCUCUGUUUUGAAUCUUCGUUGCUUUGUUGAUGAUAUCAUGUGUUUGGGUGUGAGAAAAUCGUUGGAGAUGGUUUGUUUCCGAGUGAGAAAAUGCGGGAAAAUUUCCUCUUUUUCUCCAGACAAGCCCACUGUUGGAUUCCCGGAAAAAAGGGAAUUUUCUCGAGGAAAAACCAGCCACUGAAUAGGAAAAAACUGGGAAAUUCUCCGACUUGGAAUGUUUGUUUCAUGAUAAAGUUUGAUUCUUGUUACUUUGUGACAGAUCAAGAAUCCAAUGCUGCUUCUGAUAGUGUGUGUGUGUGUGUGAGUGUAUGGUAUACAUUCUGGAAUCAUUUCCUUUUCCAUUUUUGAUUCCUUUUCUGUGCAGUUUGUUCUGUUUGAAGAUGGGCUCACAUGAAGAGAGCUCGAGUAUUGCAGAUUGGUUUUUUGGUUCUCAUCCAUACACAAAUUACCCUCCUUACAACGUCGAGAUCAUUCAAGAUCAUUGCUGUAAUGAUCACACGCAGCGUCAGCAGCAACCUGGAGAGUAUAACCGAAAUCCCGAUGUAGAAAGUGACGUGAUGAUUGCUUGGACUCUUCAAGACAGCUUUUUUCCGCUCGAGACUGCAGAAAACAAGGAACGGUCGCCUGACACUGCUUGUGUUUGGAACGACCAACUGACCGGGAUUUACUCCUUAGAAUGGGUUGGGAAUGGUAGAACUGAUGAUUCGGUUUGUAUCUAUCGAUGUUCAGACCCAAGUGGCGCGGAAGAAUCUCCAUAUUCGCGGGAAUCAACUGAUCGAUGUGAUCUAGAUGGUGAAGUUGGAAGAAGACUGAACCGAAUGAGCUCUAUUCCGCAUGUACCGAAAAUCAACGGGGAAAUACCUUCAGAUGACGAAGCAGUAACAGAUCAUGAAAGACUUUUGAACAGAUUAAAGGCAUAUGGAUUCCGGGAGGUAAGAGUUCAAGGAGAUGGUAAUUGCCAGUUCCGUGCUUUAUCUGAUCAACUCUACAACAACCCGGAACGUCACGAACAAGUUAGACACGAAAUAGUGAAUCAGCUCGAGUCUUGUCGGAAAUCAUAUGAAGGAUACGUUCCCAUGGACUAUUCCGAGUAUCUGAAGAAAAUGUCUCGGAGCGGAGAAUGGGGCGACCAUGUUACACUGCAGGCAGCUGCUGAUACGUAUCGGGUGAGGAUACUCGUCGUUACGUCGUAUAAGGAUACUUGUUACAUUGAGAUUCUCCCCACGUCCCGGGAUUACAAGAGAUCCAUUUUCUUGAGCUUCUGGGCGGAGGUACACUACAACUCGAUCUACAUUGAAAGAGAUACGCCUUCUUCACCUCCUGACCUUCAGAAGAAGAAGAAAUGGUGGCAUUUCGGCAACUAAACCAGUGUUUUUCUUUUUUGGGAGCUUUGCUUCCGAUUCUAAGACAUUACUAAAGAGAGCCUCUGGUGCAGAAGAUAAAGCCACACCAAUAUACAUACGUACGUACAUACAUGUGUGUAUAUAUAUAUAUAUAUAUAUAAGUUUUCAUUCUCGAAUGCUUCUGAGUAAGAUUGAAGAACUGAAAGCAUGUAACUUUCAUAUUCUUCAUUGGCUUCGUAUAAGCAUAUAUAUAUAUAUAUAUAUCUUUGUUCA